AUGGAGAGCAGCCCUGUGAAGGUGUCACUUGACAAGAAGCUCAGUGACUGGAUCUUGCAUCAGAACACUCCGUCUCACAUCGAAAGCUGCCGCCACUUACGCCAAGAGUACCCUGACUGGAACCCUGAGGCUCAUUCCUCAAGGAGAAAUGCUGUGGAGAAAAAAGAAAACCAGACCCCCAGGCGCCGCUCCAGCUCGGCCAGUCCCAGCCCCAGGCGCUCCAGAGCCCCGAGCUCCAGCUACUACCACCGCCGGUCACGCUCCAGGUCGCGGAGCCCAGGCCGCUUCCGGCCCAGGCGCCGGAGCCGCAGCCCUUGGUACGUGCGGCGCCGCAGCCCCAGGUACAGGUCGAGGUCUCCGCACCGCUCCCGCCACCCGCCCAGGGCCAGCCCGCGGCCUCGCAGAUCCUCCAGCCAUGACCGCUCGUCCAGGAGGUCGAGCCACUCCCGAGUGGGAUCUUCAGGAUCGGGAUCUUCUCAUGGACACUUAAGGAAGUCAUCUGGAAGUGUGAAGAAGCCAGUGAAAACAAGUGGUUCUGCCAAGGCUUCCAAGAAAGAUGAACCUUCUUUGCCCGAGUCAAGUUCUUCAUCUCCUAAAACUGAUGAUGUGCCUGAAGAGAAAGAAACAAAAGAUGGUGAGGAAGACUCAGCUGCUUCAACCAGUGGAUCUAAUGCCCCUUCUUACAAUAGGCUGUUGAGGAAGGAGCUGCUGAGCUGUGGGACAGUCCUUCAGAUAUCUGAUUUACCAGAUGAUGGCUUCUCAGACCAAGAUAUUAGAAAGAUUGUUCAGCCUUUUGGCAAAGUUAGUGAUAUCAUUGUGCUGCGCUCCAGAAAUGAGGCCUUCCUGGAGAUGAACUACAAGGAAGCUGUGAUAGCAGCUGUGAAAUACGGCGAGAUGACGCCGGUGCUGGUCAACGGCAGGAGGGUGAAAAUCAGCGUGGCUGAGAAGCCAAAAGCACCUCCUGGCAACAAGGCCAAAACAAGCAUCAAAAAAAAGACUCAGCCUGUUAAAAAGGUUUUGCCAAGCACCAAAAAAGAUCAGACCACCACCACGAAGAGACCUAAAUCUAGCACAGGUAAAAAAGAAAAGACUAAGAAACCAACAAGUAGUAAAACCAAGGAAACUUCAAACCCUGGAGAUGAAGACCCUGAGAUCUCCACAAAAGCUGAAGUGGAAGGUGAGAAAAUGACACAGUCAGAACCACAGCACAUUCCAGACAAGGAUGGAGUUACAGAGCCUGUGCAGACAGGGGAGGUGACCAACCCUGCACCUGUGCUAGAGAAACCUCAGGUGCCUCAGGUGGCAGCAUCAGACUUGGAUGAGUUUAAGGAAGCUUUAGUUGAUCAAGAAGCUACGGUAACAACUACAGAGAGUGAAGAGGCCACAGAACCAGCGAGCAAGGAACUUGAGGAUAUCUGUGUGGUUCUUGUUUCAAACCUCCCUGAGAAAGGAUACUCUGUGGAGGAAGUUUCCAACCUCGCAAAGCCCUUUGGAGGACUGAGGGAUGUGCUGAUUUUAUCAUCUCAUAAAAAGGCUUAUCUUGAAAUAAACAGAAAAUCUGCUGACUCCAUGGUCAAAUUUUACAGCUGCUUCCCAAGGUCCCUGGGUGGAAACCAGCUCUGCAUCAACAUGGUGCCUCAGUGCACCACUGUCAAGGAUGAAGAAGCAAUAUUUACUGCUCUCAUUAAAGAUUCUGACCCUAAGGUGAACACUGCAGCUUUCCACAAUCGAUUUGUGCAUCUCGGGAACCUGCCAGAUGAUGGCUACAGAGAACUGGAGGCAGUUUGUGUGGGACUUCGGUUUGGAAAAGUGGACAAUUAUGUUGUCCUGAAGAACAAAAACAAGGCAAUUCUGCAGCUGGACAGUGCCAAGUCAGCCAGGUCCAUGUACAGUUUCCUGCAGCAGUACCCUUACAAUAUGGGUGACCACACGCUGACCUGUACCUUGUCACCCAGUGCAGAGACUGCUGAGGCUGAAGUUGUGAAAAAAGAAGUGAAGAAAGAGGAGGCAAGCCAAGGAAGCUCUGGCUUGAAAAAAUAUCCAGAGGGAUCAGGAGUGGUGCAAACAGCAGCUGCUAAUCCUCCAGUAGAGGCCAGUGUGGCAAAGAAAGGACCUGUUCCCAUCUCUCAUGUCAAAGACGAGCUGUCAGCAGCGCAGACAGAGCCCUCCAAGUCCCAUCUGGAAGGAGCAGUGAGGGAGUCUGCUGCCAGAACAGCAGAAACAUCUCUGGAGAAGGUGGAUGCUGGAGUUGAAGCUGUGGUGGCAUCUCUCAGAUCUGCUGAUAGUGAAUCAUCUGAAGUGAAGUCAGAAGAGAUGCUGCUGCCACCUUCCAGUGUGGAGAGAGGAGAGGCAGUUCGAGCUAAGGCUGAACCGGAGCCGUGUGAGUCUGCUCUUGGAUUUGCAUCAGAGAAGGAGGUUCAAGAGGAAGAUGGAGGGUUGGCUGCUUCUACCUCUGAGCUGCCAGAAGAACUGUCCAGAGUGGGCAAGGCUGAAGGUGUGCUGCCAGAUUGUGCUGUGAAACUGGGAGUGGGGGAAUCAAGAGGGACUGUCCCUGAAGUGCUGCCCCCUCGUCCUGGUGCAGCUUCAGUGCACAUGCUGUCGUCUGGUGUCACACAACCAACCAACAAGUUGGAUGCUUCUACCAUGAAUCCUCGUUCUGAUGCUGUGAAAACUGGACAGGAAAUGGCUCUGAUGCCAACAAUGGAGAGCAAACCUGGGGUGGCUGUGGGAAAGAAACUGGGUGGAACUGGAAAGGUGAAACCAGAAGAUUUUGUGUUUGCAGUUGGAAGAGCUGCAGAGGAGAACCCUGAAAACCUUUUGGACAGGACUGGGGCAGAGACAGAGAAGCAACUUGAAAAGCUCGUGGCCAAGUUUGGGGCUGCUGGUGAAAAUGCUGCAAAUGCUGCUGGUGAGGACAAUGAGGGAAGUUUAAACAAAGCCUUUCAAAGUGAAGGAACAGGACCAACAAAAAGUAAUGAAGCCUCCAAAGCAGUUAUGUUUAAUUCCUCUUUCUCUGUCAAAGAAUCUUCUGCUGUUGAUAAAACCAUUUUAAAGGCAGUGGUGUCUCUUGUGGAUAUCUCAAAGUCAUGGAUUCCAGUGCAGAGAAAUGAGCCCUUCCUGUGUAGAGGAGGGGAGCAGAACUCUCCCCCAAAAGCUGAGAGCCAAGGCCAAGCAGUGGUGGAGAAGAAAACGACAUCGAAAGAAGAGGAUCCCCUACGACCUGGCAGCAGCACAUUGAGCCUGGGAGAUGGCAGCAGCAAAUGGAAAGCCAGCAGAAGCUCUGUGGUUGAUGGAAGGGGAGGCAAUGGGAGGAAUUCAUCUCAGCAAGAGAAGGACUCCCAAGUGGAAUCUAGGGCUAGUUCAAAACAGUCUCACGAGGGGGAGAGUAGAGCACCCAGCAUGAAGAGAGACAGCAGCAGCAAUAAGGCUUCUGCUGGUGACAACACGAAGGCUUCAAAAAGUGGCAUUAGCAGCAGUGCAAAACAAAAGGAGGAGGAAGAGCUGUUUCCUUUUAACCUGGAUGAGUUUGUCACCGUGGAUGAGGUGGUGGAAGAGACGGAGUCUCCCGUGAGAACGCGCCGGAAUCCCCCGAGGGGGAAGAGAAAAGCUGGGGCUAAAACGAACUUCUCUGCUGAGCCCAGCUCCAAGAGGAGGAAAAGGAAGAGCUCUGUGGCCCAUGCUGCAGCAAACAAGCUCCCCUUUGUCACCUUGGAUGAAAUUGGGGAGGAAGAGGACAUGGCUGCACAGCUGAUGGAGGUGGCUCAUCUGGAAGCGCUGGGGGACUCGCAGGGCCUGCUGGUGGUGGAUGAAGUGCUGGAAGAGGAAGAGCUGCAGUCAGAAGCAGGGAAGGACCCACAACUGCUUCUUCCUUGGGAUGAGAUACCAGGCCAGCAGGACCUCAGCUCACAGAAGGACCUGCCCAGGUCAGCCUUUGAGGAGCAGGAUUUGAAGGCUGAGCCCUUGGUGACUGUAGAUGAGAUCGGUGAAGUAGAGGAGCUGCCUCUGAACGAGCCUGCAGGCUUGAGCAUCGAGGAUGUGCUGAAGCAGAAGGAGGACGAGGAGGAGAAAGUGGCUGCUGAGGAUGGUGCCUCCUCCCAGGUGCCUGAUGAUCCUAGUGCUUUGGUGACAGUGGAUGAAAUCCAAGAGGACAAUGAAGACAACCCUAUAGUGACUUUGGAUGAAGAGAACGAAGAUGAAGAUGAUUUUCUGGAUGAUUUCAACCGGCUGAAAGAGGAGCUGAACUUUGUCACGGUAGAUGAAGUUGGAGAGGAGGAUGAGGAAGAAGAAAAUACUUCCCCAGGGAAAAAUCUGAAUGAGGAUGGAGACAAAGAUACUGCUGCUGUUGCAGGACCAGGGGAAGAGGUGGUUGCUCCUAUUGCAGGACCAGAAGAAGAGGUGGCUGCUCCUGUUGCAGAACCAGAAGAGGAUGAGGUUGCUGCUCUUGCAGGACGAGAAGAAACGGAAAUCUUAGGAGCUGUGAGUCCAGAAGAAGAAACUGUGGUGGUCUCAAAGUCAGAAGGUAAGGAACCUCUCAUAGUUUGA